CUCAUCACUAAUAAUCCUUUCCCAUCUUAUAUAAAUACCACAUACUAUCAUGGUCAAAUGCAACUUCAGUUCACUACUAUACGCUAGAUUCACUUACUAAAAAAAGAGCAAUUAAAGCUAAGCAAAACAAAAAAGGAAAAAGAUGGCAAAGUGGUCAUCCUCAACAUCAAGGACAAAAGACAAACAAGAGAAGAAUGGGAAGAAGCUUAACAUAGUGAUGGAAAAGCUCCAAAGGAGCCUUCUUCUAAGGAAGCGGUCACCCCCGGAGUCGCCUCGCCUCCGUCGUCUCGACGAAUCGGAUAACGCAAGAGGUGUACCGGACGACGUUAAAGAAGGUCAUUUUGCUGUAAUGGCGAUGGACGAUGGCGGUAAGCUGAAGCGGUUCGUGGUUCCAUUGAGUUGUCUAGCGCAUCCUUCGUUCGUUAGGCUAUUGGAUCGAGCCGCGGAGGAGUACGGGUUCGAGUGCGAAGGGGCUAUCAUUUUGCCCUGUAAGCCAACCGAGCUCGAGAAGAUUAUUGAAGAUCAGCAUUGGGUGGAAAAGCUCUUUGCUUAUUAACUAGCUACCGUAACUACUUCAGCUAGAAUAGCAUUGAGUACGUCUACGUACAUUAAAUCGUUACCUUUUUUUUUUCAAAUUACGUAAUUUGUAACGUAAUUUGUUUCGGAUUUAUAGUUUUUGACCAUUCAGUGUUCAUUUUUUUUGCCAAAUAAAUCAAUAAAGUUGUUAUAAAUCAAAUGCUAGCUCUUUA